AUGACGACCUCGGCGCUGCGCCGGCAGGUGAAAAACAUCGUGCACAACUACUCGGAGGCAGAGAUCAAGGUGCGGGAGGCCACCUCCAACGAUCCCUGGGGACCCCCCAGCUCCUUGAUGUCGGAGAUCGCCGACCUCACCUUCAACACGGUGGCCUUUGCCGAGGUCAUGGGCAUGAUCUGGCGGCGGCUGAACGACAGUGGCAAGAACUGGCGUCACGUCUACAAAGCCCUCACCCUCCUGGACUACCUCAUCAAAACUGGCUCUGAGAAGGUGACCCACCAAUGCCGGGAGAACCUCUACACCAUCCAGACGCUGAAGGACUUCCAGUACGUGGACCGGGACGGCAAGGACCAGGGCAUCAACAUCCGAGAGAAGGUGAAGCAGGUGAUGGCACUGCUGAAGGACGAGGAGCGGCUGAAGCAAGAGCGGGCGCACGCGCUGCAGACCAAGGAGCGCAUGGCCCUCGAGGGCAUGGGCAGCGGCAGCCACCAGGUCGCCUAUGGCCGCCGCGCAUCGCCCUACGGUGACGACUACGGCCGGGCGCGGGGCUCGCCUUCCUCCUUUAACUCAUCAUCCUCAUCCCCACGGUUUGCCUCUGACCUGGAGCAAGCGAGGCCCCAGACGACGGGCGAGGAGGAGCUGCAGCUGCAGCUUGCCAGUCCCGCGAGCUGGGGGCAAGCUGAAUUUCCCAAUUUCCUCUGUUGGCAGAAGCCACUUCCUCCAAUUUCCGGUACAGACGAGGAAAGGCAAUUGCAGCUAGCGCUCGCGCUGAGCAAAGAGGAGCAUGAGAAGGAGGUGAGGGCUUGGCAAGGGGAGAAUUCCCUGCUGCAGAGAGCCAUAGAGGAGACUGCCCAGGGCAGGGAGGAAGAGGAAGAAGAAGAUAAGAUGAAGAAAAGCCAGUCCUCUAUCCUGGAGCUGGCAGAUAUAUUCGGGCCGGCGCCAGCCCCCUCCAGCCACACAUUUGCCGACCCAUGGGAUAUGCCAGAUAUGAAACCCAAAGCGGAGCCGGCAGCCUCCACCUGGGCCGGUGCGGCUGACCCCUGGGUGCCGGUCCCGGCCGCUGGCGGGGAGCCCCUCUCCCAGGCAAGCGCUUCGUCCCCGCAAACUCCAGGGGGGGAUGCUUUUGACCUGUUUGCAAAGCCGCCCGAGCCGCCGGAGCAGGAGCCCUCGCAGCCGCCCUCCUCGGCCAAGUCCAACAGCCCCGUUGGGAGGCAGCUCCAGGGCUGA